AUGGUUCAAGUUUUUCUCACAGGCGCAACUGGAUACAUUGGCGGCAGUAUACUAGCAAGAUUCACAGAUCAAUGGCCUAGCUUUAAUUACAGAGCACUCACACGCUCCACUGACAAGGCGAGCAAGUUGAAUCAAUUCAAAAACAUCGAAGCAGUUGUCGGCGACAACAAUUCGUUUGAUUUGAUAGAAGAUGAGGCAAAGAAAGCGGAUGUCGUCAUCCACACUGCCAACUCUGCCGACGAUAUGCCCUCAACGAAGGCCAUCGUCAGUGGCAUUGAGAAAGGCAAGGGGAAAAGCGCUAUCUAUAUACACGUAUCUGGUACGGGUGCACUCGUCGACGAUGCACGCGGACUCCACGACCAGCAUACCACGUACGACGACAGCGACUCUCAACAUAUCAACACUCUCCCCACCUCUCAAGUCCAUCGCGAUGUGGAUGAGUUUCUCCUCGAGCACAGCGAUAAAAUGCAGCUACAUAUAGUCUAUCCUUCGACUGUGUGGGGCCAAGCAGUCGACCAUGCCCUCUAUAAAGCUGGGAUAAGCAAUUGCUUCUCUGUGCAGAUGCCAUCUCUCGCUGCGAUUUUUGUUGAGUUGAAGCAAGCAAAAGUUGUUGGAGAUGGAAAGAAUAUCUGGCCCAAUGUACAUAUAUACGAGCUUGUCGAUCUGUUCCAGCUCAUACUGAGAAAUGCAAUUGAGGGGAAGAUCUCAUCGGAUAAGAGCGGAUCGUACUUUUUCGGUGUUACUGAUCACUACUACUAUUCGGAGGCUGUUGGCGUGAUGGCAAACGCACUCUCGAAGCACGGUCGCAUCUCUUCUGCGAAUGUAGAGUCUUUCAGUAGCGCAGACUUUGAUCGUUUUGAUGCUUUGUGGUACUUUGGUAGUAAUUGCAGAGGUCGUGCAACUAGAGCUCGUUCGCUCGGCUGGAAGCCUCAGAGAGGAACAAAAGACUUCUACGCUGAUCUCCCCAAACUCGUCCAAGAUCUUAUCCAAAGCGGUAGAGUUUAG